GCACUUUUAGACCAAUGUAAUUUGUUAAAUUUGAGGUAUUUUGACAUAAAAUCGUUAUUAACAUAAAUUUAAGGUAUUAACAUAAAAUCGUGUUUAAAAAAAACAUAAAAUCGUAUUUUUUAAAAAAUAAAAUAUUCACAUGAACUUUUCCUCUCUACUUAGCACAAAGCCACAAACUCAACCGCAGCCCAACCCGAAAUCCAGUCCAGUCCGCGGCACUGUCUACUAGGGGUGUUCAAUCGGAUCAAUCCAAUCCGAUCUGAAAAUUUGGAUAUCCGAAAAUUUCGGAUCAUGUAAACAAAGGUGAUGAAGAAUUUGAUAGAGAGUGGGAAACCUGAAGAUGUCGAUUUGAUAGUCAAAGGUCUAACAGAAGAAGGCCAUAAGCUGACUCUUGUAACAUAUACUACUAUGUUAGCCGCAUUGACUCUCCAAAAACGUUUCAAGUCUAUUCCUUUGCUUCUCAAGAAGGUGGAGCAAAACGGGUUGAGACCUGACUCAGUUUUCUUCAAUGCCAUGAUCAAUGCUUUUUCUGAGUCUGGAAAUGUCGAAGAUGCCCUUCGGAUCUUCUGGAAGAUGAGGGAGAAUGGAUGCAAGCCCACCAUGGCUACUUUCAAUACCCUGAUCAAAGGGUUUGGGAUAAUCGGUAAGCCUGAAGAAUCCUUGAAGCUUCUAGAGAUAAUGACUGCAGAAGAAAAGUUAAGAGCAAAUGAGAGAACUUAUAAUAUUCUCAUACAAUCGUGGUGUAACAAGAACAAUGUUGACAAGGCAUGGGAAGUAGUUUCUAGAAUGGUCGAGGCAGGUUUGAAACCUGAUGUUGUCACGUAUAACACCAUAGCAAGGGCUUAUGCACGGAACAAAGAGACUGGAAGAGCAGAGGCAAUGAUUUUACGAAUGCAAAGUGACAAAGUGGGCCCCAACGCCAGAACGUGUGGCAUCAUUGUGGAUGGGUACUGCAAAGAAGGCAAUAUGGUAGAUGCACUGAGAUUCUUAUACAAGAUGAAGGGUUUUGGCGUGCGUCCUAAUCUGUAUGUACUCAACUCUCUUAUCAAAGGGUAUGUAGACAUUACUGACACUGUUGGAGUUGAUGAGGCAAUAACAUUAAUGGAAGAAUUUGGAGUGAAACCAGACGUGAUCACGUUCAGUACAAUCAUGAAUGCAUGGAGUUCAGCUGGACUAAUGGAGAAAUGCGAAGAAAUAUUUGAAAAAAUGAUCAAGUCCGGAAUCCAACCUGACGUUCAGACAUUCAGCAUUCUUGCAAAAGGGUAUAUUCGCGCAGGGAAGCCAGAGAAAGCUGAAUCACUCUUGGAACUAAUGGGGGGCCACGAAGCGCGCCCGAAUGUGGUGACAUUCACCACAGUAAUCAGUGGGUGGUGCAGCGCAGGAAAAAUGGAGCGCGCUUUGCUGGUGUACGAAAGGAUGCUCGCGAUGGGCGUGCAGCCCAAUUUGAACACUUUUGAGACACUUAUUUGGGGGUAUGGAGAAGCAAAACAGCCAUGGAAAGCUCAAGAGCUGAUUCAGAGUAUGGAGGAGAUGGGAGUUUGCCCGAGGGAGAAAACGUUUCAGCUUGUCGCGGAUGCUUGGCUUGCCAUUGGAUUUGUUGACAAAGCUAAAAGUGUCAAUCAAGGAGACAUGAAGAAGAAUAGUUUGUACUCAAGAAAACAGCGAAAGCCCGGAUCUGUUAUGAACAUCAAGAACGGUUUGAGAUGCUUGAACUUAAGAAGGAUGAGUUUGGCUGCGAAAGAAAGGCUAGCCAUUAACAAUAACUGUGGACUUAGAUUGAAGACCUUUAUGAUGAUAAUUUUAUUCCAAUGUUUAAUAACAAAACAAUCCCAAACAUGAAACAAUGAAUGCCUUCAACAACCGAAGAUUAAAAACAAAAUGCAACAUUCAAUUGGUUCAAAUACAGCUAAAAAGUUUGGACACACCCUAAAAAGCUCCACCAUAAAAUAUUAGCGAAAAAAAAGCUCCAAAGCACUUCGUAAUAUAAGGAAUCACAGGUCAAUGGCUCUCUACUUUGAUGGCACUCUAAUGAAAUCAUCUACUGACUUUUUUUAAUAGAUCUUUCAACCUUGGGUUUCUUCAAGCACCAAUGUAGCCUUUCUCCAAUCUUCAAAUGAUCAUUUAAAACAAUCUAUGAUAUUAGAAAAGACAUUAUAGUAAAUAAUUAUCACAUUUAAUUUAAAAAUUUUCAUUUUAAAUUUAAAUUAAAAAACCACUUUAGGGAUAAAUUUGAAACUAUUGUCCAACAAAAACAAAAACUUCCACUAUCUCUAAAUAUUUGUAUGUAUAAAUAGAACAAAAUUGUAUUCAAUUUUAAAUCUCAUGAACCAAGAUCCUGAAUGUGGUAGGUGGCAUACACCACUAAAGUUGGCAUAAAUUUUUAAGUAAUUAUUUUUUACUUUUAAACUAAAAUUUUCUUGUCAAUGGAUUGUGGGGACAAACUAGUUUUUACCAAAGCUGUUCUUUUGGUUCUAAACAAAAAAAAUUAUUUUAAUAUUGUAUAUUAAAGAAUGAAAAAGAUUGGCAAGGGGGGACAAUACAUUGGAAAAUAUUCUAUUGAGAUUGAAUGAUGUAACUUUACAAUAAUUUAGUUAAAAUUUAAAACACGGACAUUGACAACACAGAUAAAGAAAAAAUGUGUUUGUGAGAAAGGUGAGACAAACUAUCUCAAUCAUAUAUACAAUGACAUAUUGUAACUUGGUCACUUUGGAACUAUGUUUCACUCUUAGUUUUCAGGAUCACUUGUACACACCUCCGCCAACAAAAAAAACUUUACAUUACCCGUUCAAAUUGGUAAGUUUUUUCGUAGACAGAUAGAGAAUUUUUCUCAAGUAAAAAAAGGUUUAAUUGCAGAGUUCAAACAAAUAUUACGGAGUAAAAAAUUAAAAUGAAUUAAUAAAGUAAAUUCAGCUGGAAAUCAAUUAUGUGAAUCCAUUAAUUAUGAAAAAUUGAGACAACUUCAAUUCUCAAAUGAUAAAUACACAUAAUUGAUUUCCAAUAGAGUACACCAUUAUUUAUCAAGUGACACCGCUCGGUGAUCAAAGGGAUAUGCUUGCUCUUCCUCAGGAAGGGAGCAUUACGGUGAAGCAUAAAUUAAAAACAAAAUUUAAAAGAACGGCAUCAGUUCUCCAAGAUGAUCUUUAACUUCAAAGAGAAACUCAGACGCAAAUUACCCAUUUGAAAUGGGUUUCAUCAUCUGCCCAAUAAUAUAUAAAUCGAAAGGAAAAUAAAAAACAAACAUAAAACGAACAAAAAUCUUCAAAAAAAGGAAAGUUUUUGAGCGAUCAGAACCUGUUGGGAUUCAUAUUAGUCAUCAACCAAAAGAGUCAGUGGAUUGACAGACAAAUGAUUUCUAACAUCACUUCACUCGACCAGAGAUUAAAACUCUGUACCAAUUACAGAGAAAGAACGAAAAUUAAAACGUCAGGAAAAUCAAAAUCUGCAAAAGAAUGAACGAAAAAACUAAGAUUUAAAGGAAACAGAGUCAUCAGAUAGGAGCGAAAGACUAUAAACGUUUUUGUAAUCACAGAGAUUAUCAGUUGAACUAUGCACGAAAUCAUCACCUGACUCUUCUUCUCAUCGGAGAAAUCAAUAAGCAAAAUAAACAUACAAAAAAAGUAUUCAAUUCAUCAGGUAAUCUAAAGGAAAAAUGACGAAUCUAUGGAGCCUCAGAAGGAAGGCAGUAGAAUUGUCGUAAUCACGAAUUUUCAUACACGCGAUUCAACUAAAUCAUCACUGGCAGAUCAAAUCCAAUCGGAGAAAAACUAACACACACACACACACACACAGAAACCUCCCAUAGCCCUUUCAGG